AUGACUGAUUCUCCUUUGAAUUCAGGUCCAUUGGCUGUUGCUGCACGUUCCUUUCACGUUCCAUCUUUCUUCUGUGCUGAAGUAUUCGUCUUCAUCUGUAAUGAAGUGGCGCAUGACGAUCCUUCGAGCAUCUUGCACAAGAUCAGUCUCUUUGAUGAUCUGAUUUUGGAAGAUAAUCUACUUGAAGGAAAUCUGCCAGAAAACCUUGGAAGUUUGAGUAAUUUGAAGCUGUUUAGUAUUAUGACUACAAACACAGUUUUGCAUCACAUGAACUUUAAGAACUUUAGACUAUUUGGUGUUUCCUUUUGCUAUUCUUGGAAUCGGAAUGACUACUUUGUGUAUCUUGUUUCUCUGGCGAGGGCCAUUUCACAGGGGACUGCAUCUACAUUUGGUACUGGCUUGGGGUUUGGUAACACUCAGUCUUCCCCAUUAUUCCAGUCAACGACACCUACGCUUGCACAGACUAGUUCACCUUUUGGACAUACAUCUGCAUUUGGUCAAAGUGCAUCAGGUUAUGGUCAGUCAAAUUUGUUUUCUACACCCUCUACGGGUUUUGGUGGCAAUUUGUUUUCCAGCAGUUCAUCGCUUCUAAGCAGCACCGGCGCCUUGGGAUUUGGUCAAACAACUCCUUCACUUUCUACUCCAUUUCAAUCGGCACAGUCAGCUCCUGGGGGUUUCAACUUUAGCAAUUUUGGCCAGUCACAAGCAGCUGCUCCAAGUGGCUUUGGUGGCACCCCUGGCAUGUUUAGCAAUACUGCUUUUGGACAAGUGCCUGGCACUCAAGGUACUGUUGCUGCACAAGCAGCUCCCAUGACAAAUCCCUUUGGAACUUUACCUACAAUGCCUCAGGUGUCAAUUGGUCGCACAGGGACUUCCCCUUCUGUUCAGUAUGUGUUGCUUGGACAGGUGCAGGGGAAAAGGAGUAAAUGCUUUAUAGCUUCUUGUAGUAAUACCUUGUGUGAUCCAUGAGAUUGACAAGUGAAAGGACAAUAUUGGUUAUGAAGACCUUUGUUACUUUUGGAUAUGAUGUUCCAACGGCUACUAUUUUGAACUUUUUUUGUUUGUAUUAGUUUAGGGUGGAUUUAAACAUUAAAUCCAAACUUGUAGGAUAUUGUAUUAUAUAAUAUGGAUGUAAGAUUGUUAAUGUUGGAUAAUUAAUUAUGGAUAUGUUAUUGAGGAUUUAAAUUA